AUGACUGGCCGCCCUGGGGAGUUCUACGAGAUGAUGAUCAAGGAAGACCCGAAGCUCGAUGUGCAGACGCUCGGGCGGCUUUGGAAGCUGCAGGGGGAGGCCCUCACUGGACUUGGCUCCACGUCGGGCGCCAUCACUUGCCUCAGCGCCGCUGAGCGAGCCUUCCCGUCCCAGUGCGAGGAUGAAAGAAGGGACGCUGAAGCCAAGCGCCGCAAGGUGGAGAAGAAGCUUGAGGCGGCACCAGGGCUGAGGACUCCUGUGACCGUGCUCACGGGUUUCCUCGGCUGCGGCAAGACAACGCUCCUGAACCGCAUCCUCCGCGCGCACCACGACAAGCGCGUGGCUGUGAUCGAGAACGAGUUCGGGGAGGUAGGCGUGGACAACUCCCUCGUGGAGGUUCGCAAGGAGCAGGAGAGUAUUGUCGAAAUGAACAACGGCUGCAUAUGUUGCACCGUUCGCGGAGACUUGAUAGCUGCUCUGAAGAGGCUCCUGAAGCAAGCCCGGGAGAAGGCCAAGCCCUUCGACUUCAUUAUCGAAGACACCACGGGCCUGGCGGACCCCGCGCCCGUGGCUCAGACCUUCUUCGCGGACUCCUUUGUGCAGAAGUUCUGCCGGCUGGACGGCAUUCUCACCCUCGUCGACGCGAAGCACAUAAUCCAGCAUCUCGACGAGGAGAAGCCAGAGGGAGUCGAAAAUGAGGCCGUGGAACAAAUCGUGUUCGCGGAUCGACUGCUCCUCAACAAGUGCGACUUGGUUGACGAAGCGACCCUGCAGGAGGUGGAGAGGAGAAUACGAUCCAUCAACAGAGGCGUUCAGAUACGUCGCACAAUUCAGGGUGAGGUCGACUUCGAUUUCAUUCUUGGCGUGCACGCCUUCGACCUUGACAAGACCUUGGAGAUCGACGCCAGCUUCUUGGAGGACGGCGGCGAGCAUCAGCACGACAGCCGAGUGUCGAGCGUGGGCAUCGAUCUGAAAGGGCAGGUGGACAUCUGCAAGCUGGAUGAGUGGAUCGGCGACCUCUUGAAGGACAGGGGCAAAGACAUAUUCCGCGCCAAGGGGGUGCUCGCUGUGCGGGACCGGCAGGAGAAGUUUGUGUUCCAAGCGGUGCACAUGCAGUUCGCAUCCGCCCCCGCGGGCAGGUGGGAGGAUGACGAGGAGCGGACCUGCAAGAUGGUUUUCAUCGGGAAGAGCCUCGACCGUGAGGCCCUGACGGCGGGCUUCCUGAAGUGCUACGAGCCCUGCGAGGAGUCGGGAGAGGGAUCGCAUGCAGAGACCAUCUUCGUCGACCGGAGGGACGGCGCCAGCGGCCUCGGCUAG